AUGGCUGCAGCGGGGCCGGCGCAGCUCCAGGUGGUGUUCGAGGACGUCGCUCUGUAUUUCACCUGGGAGGAGUGGGAGCUCUUAUCCCAGCCAGAGAAGCAUCUGUACCGGGACCAGAUGCUAAGGAAUUACCAGGCCCUUGUUUCCUUGGGCUAUUCAAAUUCCAAACCAGACUUAAUCCACCGGAUCGAGGUAGGGGAGACAGAGCUCUGUAUCAGGGAUGCCGAGAGCUCCAGGGAAAGCUCAGGGCCUGAGAGCCCCUCCUCAGAUGAGUCAUAA